GUAUACCUCCGCCGGCAGAGGAAAUGCUCCUAGACCAAUCACAUCUGUGUUUACACCAUCACCUGUCAAACAGACACCUUCUGCUACAUUUUCUCUCUGAAAGGUAGGCUUUCUACGUUUAUUUAUCCUCGCCUUUGUUUCUGUAUAUGAACAGCGUGGAUGCCGCCUCAGUGGAGGUAAAGCUGCAUUAAAAAAGCCGGUUCGACGAUGAGGAGAAGCAGCCAGGGUUAGUGAGGUUAGCGCCCCCGGAGCCUGCGAUCAGGAGCUGGUUAUCUGCCCGUCUGGCUCGCUUUUUUAGCCGAUUAUCAGUCCUUGCGCCUUAUCAUCCCCCGGCUGAGGUCGGAGCACAGCACUGUUGUUAGCUCGGCAAAGCAUGCUAAAAUCCUCCGCUACAUUUGUCCGCCUGCGUUAGCAGAGGUUAACUUAGCCUCGAAGCUAACAUGAGCAACCAUGCAGCUCAUCCUGAAGCUAGCAGAGGAGAGAUGCGAUUAGCGGAAUGUGAGCUAGCAGGAUGGAUUAAUCUCUCAGACAAUAUUCCUCAUUUAUAUUCAGAGAUUUGGUCACACUGCGAAAGUCUAAGCCAGAUAUGAUGCAAACUUAGCAUUUAUGUGUAUUAAGAGUUAUAACAGCGUUAUUUGUUUUCUCCCUUUCUUUCUAUUUUCCACACUUUAUCGCAUUUAGUCGUUAGCAAAAUAACACUAUGGUAGCAGGUGAUCAUCUGCGAAGGCUGGACAGAUUAUUACUGAAUGGAACAUUUUUAGAAUAGUAAAAUAUGAAGACCAGCGUUAAAAAAUGUACAUCAUUAUUGUAAGCAAGAGCGAGAUUAAUAAAUCUGAUAUAACAUACGCCUUACACCGACCGGCUAGGAUAUUAUGAAAACCUGGACUGUGUAAUGCAACUCAAUACAACAGCUUUUACAGAGCUUUGAUUUUUGAUAUUUAAUAUUUAAAUUGGAAUGGUCAGGCAGGUAAAAACAGCAUUUUACAAUAAUACCUUUUAUAAUAAUAAUAAAUUCAAAGCAUAAUAAUAACCAGCCAACAAAAGCUGAAAGUUUGAAAGCUCCCUUAAAGUAACAUUUGUGUUUGGUCUGUUGUAUAUUAAACUGCACGUGUUGAUAACAUUGGGGCUGGAAUGAUUUGUCUCAGUUCAUCCAAAAUUGUGGACAAAAGCGUCUGCUAAAUGACAUUGUAACUAUCUUACACAACAUAUAUUACACAUACACUAUUACUAAUGUGAUCUGUGGUGAUAAGAUUGCACUUUUUUAACAUAUCAGGGUCUUAACUUUGCAAAAUGACUAUAGCUGUCAAAUAAAUAUAGGUUUAGAUGAAGAAAAAAAUAAACAUUUUUGCAGUGAAGUAAAAUCUAUAUAACUUUGAAGCUGAAUGACUGGACACAAACUACACUGAGCUUUGCUUCAUUAUUAAGCUCAAAUAUAUAUAAAUUUUAUCAAAUGGGUUGCUGUGAGAAAAAACAGAUUUCAGGGACAUUUUUGAGGAUGAAAACUUGACACUUAGAGGGUCUGGUUAGCAAGCAUUUUGUUCUUGAAGACCACCGUAGCUUCAGCUAUGGAAGGAGUGAGCAUGAGAGCGUUUUGAUCUGGCACAUAGACUGUAUAUAGAAUGGACAGCGUCCGCCUCCUCAAUGGGUGAAGCCACUCUGAGAACAGCACCCUCUGUUGAUGUGCUGCAGUACAGGUCAUAAAUUACGCAUCCGCCAGCAAAGCUUAUGGAGCUGUGGACAAACUUUAGAAAUUUAUUACACAGAAUAUACAUUUUUCUCCCCCCUGCUUGCGAUGUUGACAGGUAGUUAGAGUAAGACUGGUUUGUGCUCAAGUCCUCUUUUUUUCUGUGACGCUCCGUUUUUAAAAGUUAUUAGGGGGGUUUCAUGUUUCUAUGAUUAACACUUGAUACAGCCUAUGGGCGUUCAAGGAUUGCGUAGCUCACCCGGGGAUACACUGUUUGAGUCGAGCGUCAUCACAGCGGCUCUUGGUGACUCUCCCAAGAGUAUGCGUACAAUGCUCGUGCGCAAUGCUCGUUUCAGGAAACGAAGAAAAAUCGCUUAAAUACCAAGAGCUUUUUGGGUUCAAAUCUGUAUCCUGGCGGUAGGCGGAACCAAGUUGUCCAUAGUAUAUACAAUCUAUGAUCUGGCAACUGACUGCUAGAUAUUCCCGUUUCUAAAUCCUGUAAAGCUCCUUUGAGGAACUGUGCUUUAAUGCUGGCGCCCCCUGUGGCCAGAGUGGUACCUGUUUUUUAAUUUCUUUGGACUUCAUAUCCAACCAGCAACUGAAAAAUGUUAGCUUUGAGGUUGUUAAAUUCAGCGGUUGUGUUGUUUUGCAGCUUGUUGUGUCAUUUUCUUGAGCUGUGUGAUACAUUUACUCUGUGAAAUCGUAUUAAAAUCAUGUUCGUCAAGUGUUCAACAUGUUUGUGCAUCAUUUCACGCUAUUUUGAAGAUGCUUUGCAGCACAGAAUGAGUUGUUGUUGUCUGAUUGAGCUGCUGUGGUGUUUAGUUUCUCCUGUUGAUGAACAAGAAGCUGAAAAGAUAGGAGCGUUGUUUCUACCACGAGUGCUGUAGUUUUCUGGUUACCUUUGUGCUUGAUUAUUUCAGCUGUUUGAAAGUAAAAAAGUGUAAAAGCAGGGUCAGGCAGAGAGAGUCGGAGAAGGAAAAGAAAGGAGGAGGGGUGAAUCACAUUCAGACAGUGUAAGGUGCGGUGCAGUGCAGUGUGGGUGUUUACAGUAUUAACCCAGCCUCUGUGCUCUACAGCUUUUUGAUUUACAGUGUUUACUCUCAGUCUCUUACUUUAUUUCCUCAGGAGCUGAAACACACACUCACACUGAAGCGCCUACGGUAGCCGCUAACUGGACGGACUCUCUGGCAAUUGACCUUUUGCAGGUAAGCCUGGACUCACUUUGAGCAGUAAAGGUAUAGUGCGCCACUUCAUCCACAACUUUCUAAACUUGGCAUUACUUCCCCAAAGACUUUCUUCCUCCUCCUCUUUUUUGGAGCUACUUUUCUUAAAAUGUAAAAGCAGGUUUUGGAACGAUUUUACCAGCUGGAGCAGUUCAAGUGUCAGCUUUGAUUUAAAACACACUGGGGGGGAAAGUUUCAUGUCUGAGAUCUUCUGUAAUGAAACAAAGUCAGUGUUGUGUCGGGCCUCUAGCAUCCACACAGUGAGGAGCCUGUUUAUGAGCGAGAGCAACAACCUGAUACCCCGCUUCAACAGUUAAUUAUGAAACCAUUUUACGAUGCUUUUCGAAUUGUGAGCUAUUUUAGCAUCCUAAUGAUUUUAUUUUAGUGCUGCACCAGCAGUUAGUCGCCAUAAAAAAUCCAAUUUCCUCCCUUAAUCACUCGCUCCUCUGUUUUUCAACAAAACAUGCUCAGUCAGGGGAGCAGUGCGAGGAUUUUCAAAAAUGCUUAGGGACGAUCCUGUGAUUCAGUAUCACAAGGAAUGUCAGCAGCAGCAGUUGUUGUUUUUAGUCCCGCACAGCUCCGAGUGUGUGACUUGUUAUAACCCCGUCCCCGAGGCUCUGUGGCACCCUGUGUUUGUCUGAGGCAGCUCAGUGUUAAUUGGAGCAUCUCAGGUGUAACUUGCAGCACGGGUGCGAUGCAGCGAAACCACAGAGCCAGCAGUUAAUCUUCAGGGGCUUGUGGGGAGAAAAUAUACAACAGUGCAUCGAGGGACAGAAGGUAGAAAAGUUUCUGGUAACCUUCGUCUGCCUGAGUGUGUCAAAUCUUCAUCUGGACACCAGAAAUGAUUCCUCUCCUGUCGUCAUAAAGUUUUAUUCAUCUGUCCUUUUUUUUUGUCCUGUCAGUGGAAUAGCGGAAUAAGUCUUGAACCAUGAGCUCAGUGGCAGUGUUGACCCCGGAGAGCUUUGCGGAGCAUCGCAGUGGCCUGAAGGACCAGGAGAUUACAGGUAACAUCUGCACGUCAUCCACUUACCCGAGUUCUUUUUCAUUGGACGGGUUUCACCUCAGUGGCCCAAGCUAGUUUGUCAUGGAGAGGCCCAAGGGGGUCAGGUUAACCAGACCAGGUUUCCUCUCUCCUGUCUCAGUCGUGCAUUUUGGGUUUCUGUCAUUCCAAAAACAUCCCAAAGAUGAUCUCAUUUUGUGCUGAAUGUGCCCGUUUUCCACAAUUUAAGAUGAAAACACAAAAUUGAAUUUGUUUGAGGCCAUGAAAUUAUUUUGACCUUAAUUUGAACCCGCCUCUUCUAUCCAUCCUCGCAUGCACACCAUGUUUUUUCUGCCUCCCUCCUUGUCUCAUUUGCCUUCGUCCCUCUGGUCCAGGUUGUGUCCCCGAGGAUGAAGCCUACAUCCCCACCUACCUGGAGGCCUUCCCUCCUCUCCCUGAGAAGGGGGCACCGGGGGACAAGGCAGGGGAGCCGGCUCCAGCAUGGGGGAGUAAGAUCAGGCCCAUCAAAGCCUCUGUCAUCACCCAGGUCAGAAAACUGAACACACACUUGGACUUUUACAUCCUGACAUGCACGGGGAUGACUUUACUGCAGACUGAAUGAAAAUAAGCAAAUGAGAGGUGUGGCUUGAAAUCCGAACCCUCUCCUGUGUGUACUUGUAGGUGUUCCACGUGCCCCUGGAGGAGCGUCGCUACAAGGACAACAGCCAGUUUGGGGAGGGCGAGGAGGCGAAGGUGUGCCUGGACAUUAUGCAGAGGACUGGGGCCCACAUUGAGCUGUCCCUGGCUAAAGACCAAGGCCUGUCCAUCAUGGUCACCGGCAAACUGGACUCUGUGAUGAAGGCUCGCAAGGAGAUCGUGGCACGGCUGCAGACGCAGGUAAAAUCAGUGUCACCCUUUUAUAGCUGUGGGAUGACGCGUAACUGAUGUUGACCAAAGUGCUCGUUAGAAGGAGUUUUGGCUGGGGAAAAGACGGAAACUGAUGAUUAAGCAUUUGAUAAAAACUAACAAGAUUGUAAGGACAUGAAAAUGGGUUUGACAGCAUGUAGACAUGGCGAUAUGUCGCUGAUCUCAUUGCUGAUCUUCACAACAUUUGGUCAGAGAAACACAGCGAGAGCUUGAAAAUCCUCUCUGUGCAGGCUGGCUGUUUUGGGACAAAAAGUUGAGCUGAAAAAAUGACCGUCAGCUCCCCGAGGGCGGGAGCUCAGCAGCAAACAUGCUGAUUUCCACUUCAGUGGGUGCACUAAGGUUCACCUGUACAGCUGAGCUGCAGUUAUUGAUACAAUAAUGCAGAAGAACUCUGUGUCCUCUCCUCUCUCUGAAGGACGAACACUUUUGUUGUAUUUUUUAUUGUUGUUUAUCCGCAGAAACUCGUAUAUCUUCUUAUGACUGUCAGUUUUAUGUUGAGAUGUGUCCUUGUUGAGCUGGAAAAUAAUCUGAUGGUGUAAAACUGUGGAAACUGAAGCUGCUCCUUUAACAAUCAUGGAUCCAUGUGGAUCUGUCCAAACCUCAACCCCUAAUAGAAGUCCGUGUAAUGCUAAUAAACCGAGCUCGGCCAAAGUUUUCAGCUUUUCCUCUCUCCUAAAACUCUACCCCUCUCACCCAGGCUUCAGCUACGGUUGCCAUCCCCAAGGAGCACCAUCGUUUUGUCAUCGGUAAGAACGGCGAGAAGCUGCAGGAGCUGGAGCUGAAGACCGCCACCAAGAUUGCUAUUCCGCGACCCGACGACCCAAGCGCUAAUAUCCGCAUCACCGGCACGAAGGAGGGCAUCGAGAAGGCUCGUCAUGAGAUCCUUCUGAUCUCUGCUGAACAGGUAAGGCUUGGAUUUUUUUUUGUAUUGUUGAUUCCUUAACCAUCGCAGCCAUCCUCAAUCACUCAGAAGUUAACCAAUAAUGUAUUCGCCUCCAGGACAAGCGUGCCGUUGAGCGUCUCUCCUUGGAGAAAGCCUUCCACCCCUUUAUUGCCGGCGCCCACAACCGCCUGGUGCAGGAGCUGAGUCAAGAGACGGGCGCCCGCAUCAGCAUCCCACCACCAAGCCUGCCCAAGGAUGAGAUUGUUAUCACAGGGGAGAAGGAGGCUGUCGCUAUGGCACUCAACCGUAUCCGGGCUAUCUACGAUGACAAGGUGAUGUUCCAAAAAUCUCUAAAACCAUUCAUUUUUUAAAACUUCUUGUUUAUCUCACAUCGGCGUCCUGAGAACCAUCAUUCCAGCAGUUUUGUGCCUCUGCCUGAAACACUUUUUGUUUUGGCUGCUUUUUCAGGAAUAAGAAGUUUGACAUGGCUCAUCGGGUGUUACUUUUUACACAGUCAUGUAGUCAUGAAACAGCCUGAAAGUUAUACCUGUACAGAAAAUGUCUUCGGCUCACAGUUAGCCCCUCAGCAGCAAAAAGUUCCACCCUUUUCGGCAAAAAUGAACUGUUAAAAGUUAAGAAAAUAUCAGUAUCUCAUAACUAGGGUGAAAAAACUAAAUCAGAAGAAACUCUGAUUUGAUCACAGACAACAAAACCGACUACUUUUGGUUUCUUUGAUUUUGAACAUUUUGUGAAUUUGCUCCCAGUUGGUAAAACUCGACUUUUUCACCUCAGUUUGUAGAAAAGAGGUUUUAUCGUCCCUGUAAACAGAGCUGUCUGUGAAACUUCUGCUGCACACGAAUUUGAAUUCUCGAUGCGCGUGAACAACAAAAGACUGAUGGAUGAAAGAUGGAGAGGAAGAGUGUCUCUGCCUGUGUUUACCAGAUGAAGAUGGUGAUAGGCAGGCCGGAGGUAACGUGGCAGGAAAAUUGGAUUUCCCGAGAGAACAACAGGAUGAGAAUGCUAAUGACAUUUAGUGGAAGAGGCUGAUUUUUUAUUUUUCAUUUGUGUUCUGUUGCUUUCACCUGAUCCCUUUAAAUCUCUUAUUUUCUUUCCCUAAACUCAUACCAGCUUUCAUCUGCUUCUUAAUUUUUGUUUCCUCAAUUCUACUUUCAUCAUUGUUUCCAAUUUUGCCCUGCAGAAAAGGAAGACGACCACCAUCUCUGUGGAGGUCAAGAAGUCGCAGCAUAAGUACAUCAUAGGACCAAAGGGGAACACCCUGCAGGAGAUACUUGAGACCACAGGGGUGUCCGUGGAGAUGCCUCCUCUGGACUCGGGCUCGGAGACUAUCAUCCUCAGGGGGGAGCCUGACAAGCUGGGGCCGGCACUCACACAGGUGUACGCGAAGGUAAGGAGGAAAAGGAGGAUAAAGAUUUUCUGAGUGAGGAGAACGUUUUUUGGGCCCUGAGGUGGCACUGCAUUAAAAACAGAUGCCUGACUCUGUAGUGGAAGUCACUACAUGGGCUCAAAAUCACUUCGGAGGUGUCUGUGAACGAGGUUUUGCAGCUGCAUCCUCAAAUGUUGGUUGAAAUUGAACUAUGAAAGGAGAAAAUCUAAAUCAAAAAUCACAAUAGACGCUUUUUUUGGAAAUCAUGAACAUUACAACCUCAGCUCUAAAAAAGGGGAGGAGCCAUAAGCAUACUCAAUACAUCCAGGUGAUCAUACUAGUUAAAACUACUUAUUUAUGCUGUCUGUAUCGCUCAGUCUGUUUUUUGUUGCUUGAACUUUUGCGUCUGUUGCAGGCCAAGAGUGUGAUGGUGGUGGAGGUGACCGCUCCGGCUUGGCUGCAUCGCUUCAUCAUCGGAAAGAAAGGACAGAACAUCGGGCGGAUCACACAGCAGCUGCCACGGGUAAGAGGAGAGAGAGAAAAUCGCAGCAGCAUCUCAGAGUCUCCUCGUGACUUGGGCUGAGAUGUGACUUGUUUACUAACCAGCGAAUCAGGAGAGGUCACAGUCAGAUAGAUCUUAAUUAGUCUGUGUGUGUGUGUUCGUCUGUGUGUGUCUAGGUUCACAUAGAGUUUACGGAUGGUGAAGAGCGCAUCAGUCUGGAGGGGCCGACAGAGGAGGUGGAGCAGGCUCAGGCCCAGAUACAAGAGAUCAUCAAGGACCUGGUGAGUGCUUCCUAUCUCUCAGUCACACACACACACCGUUAAAUAGAGUCAAUUAAGUUUCCUACAAACCGCAGAGUAAACUUUUCAAAUAGUGGAGGAUCUGGGAUGAAAUCAACGUCAAGUGUUAAAUGUUUGUGUGCAGCUGGUGAGGAUGGACUACACUGAGAUCAUCAUCGAUCAGCGUUUCCACAGACACCUCAUAGGAAAGAACGGGGCAAACAGUGAGUACUAAUGAACCUGUUUUUAAACUGGCUACAGCUUCAGUUUAAGACCUGGGGUUUGCGGUUUUUAAUCCUUAAAGGAUGAGGUUUAAAAAAUGAUAAAGAUAUCAUUUUUAACUUUUUUGUCACUCAUCCAUCUCUCUUUGUCUUCAGUCAAUCGGAUUAAGGAGCAGUACAAAGUAUCUGUAAGAAUCCCUCAGGACUCUGAGCGGAGUGGCCUGGUUCGGAUCGAAGGAGACCCUAAAGGAGUCCAGCUAGCGCGCAGAGAGCUCAUUGAGAUGGUUCAGAGGAUGGUAAGGAACAGGUCGAAGGUUAAGUCGAUUGUCCGCGCAGACUUUGUAGGUUUACCUUUUUUAUUCUUAUCCGCAGGAAAAUGAGCGGACCAAAGAUCUGAUUGUGGAGCAGAAGUUUCACCGGACAAUCAUCGGCCAGAAAGGAGAGAAGAUUAAAGAAGUUCGGGACAAGUUCCCUGAGGUUAUCAUUUUCUCCAGCCUGCACUAAAACACUUCCUCCUGUUCAAGUUUUUGAAAACGAUAAGCUUUGAUCUGACGAGUGUUAUCUCAUCUUUAUUUUAGGUCAUUAUUAAUUUCCCUGACCCAGCACAGAAGAGCGACAUCGUCCAGCUGAGAGGACCGAAGAAUGAGGUGGAGAAAUGUGCAAAGUUCCUGCAGAAAAUCAUCGCUGACCUGGUUCGAUCCGACAUCUUAUUUCAUUCUCUCCUGAUUCGUCUCUGUUCCUCUUUACCCCGACCUUACAGCUGCCUUCUCUCUCUUUCAGAUCGAGAACAGCUUCUCGCUCUCUGUUCCUAUCUUCAAGCAGUUUCACAAAAACAUCAUCGGGAAGGGGGGUGCUAACAUCAAAAAGGCAGGCGUAUUCACUCAGAUACAAUCUAUUUUUUUAAGGUGAUGUUGGGUUGAAAAUACAAAAUAACAGACGUUGUCAACACUUUCAGAUCCGCGAGGAGACCAACACUAAGAUCGACCUGCCGACGGAGAACAGUAACUCUGAGAUGAUUGUCAUCACAGGCAAGAAAAGCAACUGUGAGGUGGCUAAAGACCGGAUCCUCGCCAUUCAGAGAGAGCUGGUGAGACGCAAAGCCUGCAUUGUUUUUUUUGUACUCGCCUUCCUUUCUUUCCUCUUGACUAGGCGGCAGUUUUAAGAAAGAAAUGAAUGAGUUGUCAUGAAUCCUUUUACAUUUGACAAAGAGAAGUGCAUAUUGUUGGUCUGAUUGGAUAAACUUUAUUCAAGGUCCACUUACUGGCUUUUAUUCUUCUUCUGUGAAAGAAAUGGCUCUAUUGUCAUCAUAGCUGUAUCAAACAAUGAGUAAUCUCCAUGGCAACCAUUUGAGAUGACCAUGAGAUGUGGUUGAAUGCAACGUGUGGCUUAAAUAAUUCCGUUACAAUCUGAUUCAUCUCCAUGUUCCUCAUUUUCCACCAUCGACAUCUUAUUAAGGCAGAAAUGGCCCUAAAAAAAACAUGCUCUCAUUAACUUUCAGAGUUUAAAGGUGCAGUCUGUGUUUUUUGGAUCAGGUCAAAGAUAUAAUACAGAGGCUCCCUGUUUCUCCUCCAGGCCAACAUUAAAGAGGCAGAGGUCACUAUCCCCGCCAAACUACACAACUCCCUGAUCGGCUCUAAAGGCUGCUUGGUGCGGUCCAUUAUGGAGGACUGCGGCGGUGUCCACAUCCAUUUCCCCUCCGAGGGCUCUGGUUCAGACAAAGUAACCAUCAGAGGGCCUGCAGGAGAGGUGGAGAAAGCAAAGAAACAGCUGCUGCAGCUGGCUGAAGAGAAGGUGACAACAAGAACAAGUCUUAAGAGCAUUUAAAGAUGACUUCAGCGAUUACUUAACCCAUGUCCUGUCUAUUUGCCGUCUUUAGCAAGUCAACAACUUCACAGCCGAGCUCCAGGCAAAACCAGAGUAUCAUAAGUUCCUGAUUGGCAGAGGCGGGGCCAACAUUCGCCGUGUGCGGGACAGAACAGGGGCCCGAAUUAUCUUCCCGUCACCAGAUGACACAGAACAGGAGCUGAUCACCAUCGUAGGGAAGGAGGAAGCCGUUCGUCAGGCUCAGAAGGAGCUGGAAAGUCUGGUCAAAAACCUGGUGAGCCAGAUUCGCAAACUGUUGUGCAGUUAUUUGUGGACCUCCUGAAAGUUUCUUUUGUAUUUCACAAAAGUUUCUGAAGAUUCUUGCUUAAGUUUUCCAGAAUCUAACAAAAAUCUGGAUACUAGAAAAUGCUUUUCAGGACUAACCGUACAUCUUUUACUCCAUCCAUGACCCUCUUUAAGCUCCAAUACCAUGCCGCUUAAUUCGGCCUUUCUCUUUUUGUUUUUUAUCUUCGGUCUCCUUCUCCAGGACGACGUGGUUGAGGACAGCAUGGUUGUAGAUGUCCGUCACCAUCGCCACUUUGUGUGUAGGAGAGGUCAGGUGCUGCGUGAGCUGGCUGAGGAGUACGGAGGAGUCGCUGUGAGCUUUCCUCGUACGGGAGCGAACAGCCAGCGGGUCACUCUGAAGGGAGCAAAGGAUUGUGUGGAGGCGGCCAAGAAACGCAUCCAGGAGAUCAUCGAGGACCUGGUAAGAACAUCUUUCACUGUAAAUUUCCUUUAAAUCAGUGUUGUUUGUGUUCAGUGCCAUUGUUACCCAGCAGUCCCCCAUCUCUCCCCUCUCUCCUGGUAGGAGUCUCAGGUGAGCGUGGAGGUAGCAAUCCCUCAGCGCUACCACCGAGCCAUCAUGGGGCCUAAAGGCUGCCGCAUCCAACACAUCACUAGGGAGCACGAGGUCCAGAUCAAGUUUCCUGAGAGGGACGACAACGCUGCAGGUAGACACACAACACAACAAGUGUCCACAUGAUGUAACAUGCUUUUAUAGACUUAUUAUAUGGAUCCAACAUCUGUGGUACAAUUCCAGGUCAGGAAGGCCCUCCACACGAAAACGGGGAUGUCAGCCCAGACGCAGAGUUUGUCCCCCGCAAAUGUGACAUCAUCACCAUCUCUGGGCGUGCAGAGAAGUGUGAGCUGGCUAAAAUGGCCCUACUGGUAGGAGACACUUCACUUGAGUUACACACACACACACACACAGGGUGAUGGGUUUUUUUCUCCUUUUUAUUUAACACUGUUUCCUGUUUAAGGCACUGGUCCCCAUAACAGAGGAUGUGGAGGUGUCCUAUGAGCUUCAUCGCUACAUCAUCGGACAGAAAGGCAGCGGCAUUCGGAAGAUGAUGGAGGAGUACGAGGUGAAGAUGCUAACUGCUUCUAUGCUGCCACCUUCUGGCUAAAAGGCAGAAACAAACAGUAGUUUAAAAUAGACCUUGGUGUUGUAAUAUGGUUAAUCUAAUAUUAGGGUGAAGAAGUGGAGUGUAAACAAUUAGAUCUCCUUAAUUUGGUAGAAUCCAAGAUCUAAUGCACUUUAUCUCUUGUGUGCUGCAGGUGAACAUCUGGGUACCACAGCCAGAAAAGCAGCUGGAUGUGAUCAAGGUGACAGGCCUGGCAGCUAAUGUGGAGCGGGCCAAACAGGGUUUGCUGGAGCGGGUGAAAGAACUGCAGGCUGAGCAGGAGGAUAGGGUGAGUCAUUUUUACCGUAGAUCUGUUACAGUCCUGAAGGAGCUGAAGGAGUUAUCCAAGUAACCUGGACUUCAUUUGAACCCUAAAUGCAGUAAUUUGUGCCAAAGGAGCCCCGACCAAGUACUGAGAUCUCUGCUGUAUUGUCUCUGUUUUAGGCUCUGCGCAGUUUCAAGGUAACCAUGUCCGUAGAUCCCAAGUUUCACCCCAAGAUUAUUGGACGAAAGGGAGCGGUCAUCUCUCAGAUCAGGAAAGACCAUGAUGUCAGCAUCCAGUUCCCCGACAAAGGAGACGAGCAGCAGGUCUGUGUUUGAAACGCCAAGAAAGGAUUUACUUACCCAGAAGUCAGCGCUGUUGAGUUACAUAUUUCCUCCUCCGUCCCCUCCUUCAGGAUCUGAUCGUGAUUUCGGGGUACGAGCGCAACGUGGAGGAGGCGCGUCAGGCCAUCCAGCAGCUGGUGGCUGAGCUGCAGGAGAUGGUGAGCCAGGACGUUCAUCUGGAUCCAAGGACCCACGCUCGCAUCAUCGGAGCGCGAGGCAAAGCCAUCCGCAAACUGAUGGAGGAGUUCAAGGUCAGAAGUUCAUGCUGACUAUAGUUUUAGAUUUGUGGUCCACCUGUUGGUUUUGAUUUACCUUUAACGUGUUGUUGUUGUUUUUAGGUGGAUAUCCGGUUCCCUCAGCCAGGCUCAGACGAGCCCGACAAAGUGACGGUUACAGGUCUUCCAGAGACUGUAGAUAACGCCAUCGAUCACCUCCUCAACCUGGAGGAGGAAUAUGUGAGUUCAGAGAGAAGGAAAAAACACUGAGGGUUCUUCAGUCCUCUUUUUUAUUAAACUAAUUUAUCCCUUCAAUGUUAAUGCUUGAAAAAAUGAGAGAUUCAGAAAGUGAGAUUGAUUUCAUGAGAAUUGAUUUGGCCUCCAUCCUCUUUCAGAUGCUCAGUGUGACAGAGACAGAGACCUUGGCGGCGUACAUGAAGCCUCCAUCUCGAUACGGAGGAGGGGGCGGAGCUGGAGGACUGGAUGAUAGCAGUGGGGGACCAACGAAGGGCUUUGUGGUUAGGGACGCCCCCUGGAACGCAGCAGGGAACAAGGUCUGACGCCUCAUUACUCACUUUAACUCCCAUGAGUCCUUACUCUUGCACAGCCGGCCUCUGAUACAUUCCGUGUCUGUUUUCUUUUCAGGCUCCUGACAUGAGCAGCGCCGAGGAUUUCCCCACCUUUGGGACGGGCGUUGCGCCAAAGCAGGCAUCUGCCUGGGGUCCAAAAAAAUUCUGAAGCCGCUGAAAUGAAGGAAAAACUAAACUCCUGUAAAGUAGAUGAUGAGAGAUGAAACAGUUCUCAAAUCAAAUUGCUGCUCGCCUUUCUCCCUCCUCCUCUUCUCUCUAGUGACCUCCCUUUGUCUCUCUUCUCCUCCCAAAACCAGCCGCGAUGAAUUCUGGGAGAACAAUCCCUUUUUUAAAAUAUCAUCUGUCUCUCUUCUUAAUCCCUCCUCCUCCUCCUCUUCCUCUUCCUCCGUUCCUGAGAGAAAAAAAGGAAUAUUUGAGUGCUCUCUUUGUAGUUUUGCUGUCCAGCUCUGCCUCUUGGUUGCACCAACACUCGCCGGUCCUGAUGAAAUAUUUCAAAAACCGUCCGCCACCUCAGUCUGCAAAAAUCUCCACGUAACAAUCAAACUGUCACUUCACUCUGAUACAUUAGAACGUAGUGAGUCGUACAAGUAGAAACAGAGGAAUUACCCAAGUACUGAUGGGUAAAAUCUGAAUUUUAAGCUGUUAGAAGGGGAUUUUAUUGGCUCACCUUUCCAGUAAUGUGUGGCAGCAGGUGAGGCAACGAGCCCUUUGUAUGUGUGUGUGUGUGUGUGUGUGAUGGUGGGUUCAGGGGAGUUUUUCUACCCACAAUUGCUCGAAGAACUCCCCACUUUUAUUUAUAUCGGAGCUGGGAGCAAAAACAGCUGCUGUAGUCGACUAUGUGGACAUUUUGAUUUUUUAAAAUGGUAAUGAAACAAAAGAAAUGGAAGUCUGUUUGUUUGUAAUGAAGGUUGUUUUACUGUUUAUUUAUUUUGGGGGAAAAAAGGAGCCAUUUUAUUUGAACAACUGUGAUCAUGCGUUUUUAUAAAAGCACCCACUGUAGCUUGAUGCUUUACAACCUUCUGUUUGGGAGUGAAUGCUGUACGUCAGGGUUUGGGCACAUGUCAACAGUUGUUAUGUGUAAGUGUACAAAGAACUUUUCGCUAUUUUUUUAAAACUGUGUCGGAUUCUUUUUUGUUGUCAGUGGUUUCUGGGAUAUUUGGAAGACUGUGUGCAUGAAUGUGUGCAGGUGGGAGGUCAGGUGUAUGUUUGAAUGAUGCUGAAACAAACUUUUACAUCAUCUUUUUCCAUUUGUCACCCUUUGAUAUACAAUUUUAAUUUUAACGUCCAACAUUGACACAAAGCUGCGUAAAAUCUGUCCUUCCCUCUUUAAGGUGCAGUGUGUAGUAUUCAGCAACAUUUAGUUGAACAGACUUGGUAACAAAGGGAAUAUAUUAUUUUUAAAGUAGCGUUUAAUGACCUGAAUAUAACAACAAUUUUGAUUUUUUUUAACUUAGAAUGAGCAUUUUAUACCUACAUAGGAGCAUCUUUUUCCACUGAGUGACUACACUAGCACAGAACGGACAAACUUAGUGAACGGGAGUGUAAAAUGCACAGAGCAAAAGAUAAAGAAUAUGGUAAAGGUUGCUGUGCACAAAAGACUUAACAUUGAUAGAUGUUUCCAUUGUAUAAGUGUAAUUGGAGGGUCAGAAUUACCGAGCAUCUUGGGAGCUUUUUGUCCUUGAAGGACACCAUCUCUUCACCAGUGGGAGGGGAGCAUUCCAAGCUAACUUUAAAUAUUGCUAAAUAUUCACAUUUCAUAUUUAGUUUUUGCUACUGUAAGUGCUUUAAAUGUACAAAGUAAUAAUUUUUACCAAAUACCUGUUGCUGCUCUGCGGUAUUCCCAGUUCUGAGGCUUAAAUCCAGUUGCUCAACUGCAAAUUUGUCCCAGAUUUUAGCCAUCUGAAUUGAAACAUGAACGAAUAGUUAAACAAUUAACAAAAGAACUACAACACAUUUGAGUUUUAAUGCUCUAACAAGUACCAGUCAAAGUCAGGAGGUUGUUAGCUAAGCACAAAAUUUAGCAAUCUGCCCCUUUACUUUGAAUUUCAACUUAUAUUUGUCUAUUUUGUCUGUUCAUUAUGUCCCAAAAGAAGUCAUUGUGGCUAACGUUCGUUAAUUAGCAAGAGAUACGAUAUCGGGAGCCUAGAGCAAGCCCCGCCCACAAACACGCUCGUGCUCGCUCGUAUCGGAUAUAAUGAAGAUAAAUACUUUAGAUAACUACAAAUGGCGGCGUAGCGGCGCCACAACACGCAACAGGUCCCGUUUUACAGGAAGCACUUCUGUUACAGACACUUGGCUUACUUUGUUAAAGCGGUUUACCUGUCCAACAGAAACGUUACAGGGUCCAUAAGAUCCCGAAGCGUCCCCGGACGUUUAUGCUAGCUUCGUUGACGUUGACGCGGCAUUUUAGCUCUUGUCCAGUCUACCUCCGUUUUAAGCGCCUGUUAUCCCGCCAGAGUCUCCGGUAUUUUCUUCGUUUUCUUGCUUGUGUUUGCAGUCGUGGGUAAAGGAGGAUUCAGACAUUUUUUCGUACAUUCUGGUUGGUUUCUACAGUCCGAUAAUGUAGCACGCUAACUUUGUUUGGGCUCGUGCGCGUUAGUCGAGGACGUUGAGCGUGCCUCACACCACGAGGGAGCAGCGUCUGCCUCACAACCAAUCAGGUUAGGGGAGGCAGAGAAUGACUUGUUAACAGUCAGAAAGAGCGGGCCGCUCAAAAAUUUUAACACAGGCAUAACAAAACACGGCGAUAUCGUGAUAUACCUACGUGUCACCAAUAACUAAUAGCUAUUGACUGAUAUUAAAAGCUUUUUUUGUAUAUAAACCACAAAAAGAUGCUUCUUUAAGGGAUUCCUGCCCACCCCACCUAAUAGCCUCCCCUAAUUCCUCAAAGUAAAGAUAACCACUUCCUGACUUGUGCACUGUAUUAGAGGGAUAUUCUGGCGCAAAAUUACCCUGUAGAGAGAUGAAUGUUGCAGACCGCUUGCUUCUCUAGUUAUACCAACUUUAGUAAUGACCGCGGAUAGCAAUACAGAGAGCCACACGCUCAACCAAAACACGACUUUAUAGCCACAGAUAAUGCUCAGAACAGCACCUAACUUCAUCAACAGUACAUAUAGAGUCCCAGCCAUAGUACUAGUCAUCAAACAUCUUUUUAACUUUGCCUAAUUUCUAUAGCAAAGAGACUAAACACAACUCACCUACUCUCUUCCAGCAGCCACUUGCUUGUACGGAGAUCUCAGGGCGAGUCCAUUGACGCAGUUCAAGACAGAACAUUUAUGAUUAUUUCCUCAUGGGAAUGCAAUCAGACAGAGACACUAAAGCAGAAGAAAUACCGCGUCUGCAGUGCAAAAUGAUUAAUUUGAUGAUUAUUACUUAAAAAAAAUGAUAAAGUAGUGUUCUUCCUUGAGCUGCAUCCCCCCGCUGCAGUCAAUGGACUCGCCCAGAGAUCGCCGUACAAGCAAGCAGCUCGAUGGGGUAUCUAACUCAGUGUUACAGUGUGUUUGACCCUAACUUAAUUUUACGCCAGAAUAUCCCUUUCAUUGCUCGGACAUGAAACAGAAAGAAAGUGUUUACCAAAAGUCUUAGAAAUAUUUAACAAAGCUCAAAAAGAAGAGGUCUGGACUGGGCUCGGAAUUAGAAUAUAAGAAAAACUCAGGGUCCAAUUUUUAAAGUCAAAACUGGUGCAAAAUUUGUCUUCAAAACAGAUUAGAAAUCAAAAUCAGCUAUGCAACCCAGCAGCAGCUCACUUGUAACAAAUGUCUUAAGCUACAGUGGCAUCAUACCAUAAGAUUUUAGAAAUGAAAACUGGCAGAUUGUAAAUUUUUGGUUUAUGAACCUUGAGCGAGUCUGGAUUAUUUUGUGUGUGUCUGUUCUUCAAUGGCAGGAACAAGCUGCUCCUAAGCAGCAGCAACCACCAUUUCUUAAAGAAGCUAUUAAAUCGUCACUGUUGGCCUUAAUGAGUAAUUAGUCUACAGCAUUUUGGAAAAGGUGUGAGUAAGUAUGCAACACUGCAAUAACAUGUCAGUGACCGGACUUUUUUCCUACUCGAAAUAAAACUUGAAAAAGAAAGGAAACUAAAGCAGGAGCAGAUUUUGUCUUUUCUUCAUCUUUUUGUUUCACAGCCCACGUCCACAAAAACACUGAUGUAUCCAUCCUUCUGUGCAUACUGUCUGUCAGUUUAUUUUCAUUUUUUAUAAAUCAGGAAGAUAUGAUUUGUUAUGUAACAGCCUGUACAACGCAACAUAGAGAAAACAAAAAAAAAUGAAAACAAUACAAAUUAAAUUGUACAAAGCAGCAAAGGGCCUUAAACAACCCAUAUAAUAUUUUUCACAUUUUUGAUUGGAAGUUUUUCCUUUGCCCGACCCCGUAGAUCUUUCAUCAGUCAGAUCACAGCUGCUCUUAGAAGACGAAAAAGCUUCUUUAUUAAUCACUUCUGAGUUUGAUUUCUCAAGACUGUGCCUUUAAAAUGUUUCGGGGGCUUUUUGUUCUUUAGCAGGUUGAACUGAUUGGCAACAGGAUUGAGAGCGGUGUAAAACCGAGAAAAAUGCUUUGGGAAGCUGCUCACAUACAAUCAACAUCAGAUGGAUGUUCCGGACUAAAUAAAACCUUGUGUAAAUGUUUGACAAAUGUAAAUCAAUGAUGUAAAUUGAAAUAAAAGAACUGCAGAGCCCUAAUUAAUAACAUUCACAAUGUAAACACCAGCAUGGAGGAUGGGAUUGCAGAUCUCUGGAGGUCCUACCUGUAGAAAGGUAAACACAGACAUGACAGACUGAUUGAUCAUAGUGAAGGUGUACACAGGGAUGGAUUAAACAAUAAUGCAGGAGUGACGUGGCAAACCAGCUAAAAGUUUCCAAUUAGCCACCUUCUUUAAAUCUUGGGAGAUUCUGCCUAAGAGUUUAUUUUUCUAUAUUAGUUUUUGUUGAUUUGGUAGGACAGGUGAAUAUUGUAUUUGUACUUCAUGGUGGUGUAGCCUGCUGGCGUAUGUUAUAUGGAAGGUUUUCUUAUAUCUUCAUAUAAGGAAGGUUGUUCAACUCUGGCACCUUGUCCACACCUACAACUUCAUUUAAAGAACAAUUAUCACCUGUCUCAGCAUGUCAACAAAAACUAAAACAAUCGUAGCUUUGUAGAAGUAUUAUUUAUGGUGUUAUGAUGUAAUGGCUGGCCCGUGUAUGUUAAAAUGACUCCACAGCUAGGCUUAAGCAUAACAUAACCAGCCUAACUAUCUCUAAGUGUUUAUAAUUCUGUGUUUAUACCAUAUUUCCUUAGUUUAUGUAAAACAAAUAUGUAAAAACGUCUAUUCGCGCCUUUCUGUUGCUAGGCAACAGACAUAGAAAACGGCUAAAAUGUACCGGUAGCUAAUUUCAACUGUCAGCACAAAUUUUCAUUUAAAACAUAAAAGUCGUAUUUAAGUAUCGGGUAUCAGGUAUUUCACUGUUAUGAUUCAGAGGUGGCAAUAGGUGGGGUUUGUUACUACAAAAUGUUAAACUGUCCAUCCCUCCUUUAUUAGUCUCUGUACUUAGCUAAUGGCUGAAUGCUUUGCUUAUUUACCGUACGGACAUAAGAGCCAUUAAUAUCCUCACCCAGCUCUUACUGUCUUGAAGUGAAUAAGCGUUUCUCUUAUAGACUAUAUAUAGAAUGGACGCCGUCUGCCUCCUCGCUGGGUGAAGCCACCGUGAGAACAGCACCCUCUGGUGACAGGCUGCAGUAUAGGUCAUAAAUCCCGCCUCCUCCAGCAAAGCUAAUGGAGCUGUGGACAAACUUUAGAAAUUUAUUACACAGAAUAUAAAUUUUUCUCCCCCCCGGCUGCGAUGUUGACAUGUAGUUACUGUAAGACUAGUUUGUGCUCAGGUCCUCAUUUUUCUGUACAGCUCCGUUUUUAAAAGUUAUUCGGGGGUUCAUGUUUUCUUUGAUUGACACCUUGAGCCGAGCAUCAUCACAGCGACUCAUGGCGACUCUCCCACUGAAUGCAUACAAUGCUAUUGCGCAAGUGGUGGUUUCAGGAAGUGGAGAGAAUCUCGGAAAUACAGAGAGCAGUUUGGCUUCAAAUUUGUACAAUGACAGAAAGCAGAACCAAGUUGUCCAUAGUAUAUACAGUCUAUGGUCUCUGUAUUUAGCUUAGCUAACUGUAGGCUUUAGCUCAUUUACCGUAAAGACAUAAGAGCCAUUAAUAUCCUCACCCAGCUCUUACUGUCUAGAAGUGGGUAAGCGUUUCUCCCAAAUUGUAUUUGUUCUCCUUCCAUUGUAUCAAAACCUAUCAUGAGUAUUUUAUAUUUAUGUUUAAAUACGUUGUGAUAAUCUCCCCAGUUGAAUAGUAAGGCUGGCACAUACUCCUAACAUUCGUGGUCUUCAUAGUUUUUAGCUUUCUGAAAGUUUAAGGAGGGUAAGUAUGUCUUCGGCUGUCGAUAUAUCUAUUAAUUCUUCCAGUUUUCUCCACAGUGUAGAGCCUUCACACAGGACGUGGCAAAAUUGAUGCUGGGCCAAAAUAGAAAUGAAAACAGGACUGAGAAAGCAGCAAGACUGCAAAUGUGGAGACAUAGAGAGGACAGCAACAUACAGCACAUGUGUAAACAUUUUUUCUUCCUCCAGUUUUAAAAUCUUCCCCUCCAAAAGAAGUCACAAUCACAAGACGCUCUUGGAUUCAUUCUCAAAUUCAAGUGUUUUUCUGUUUCUAUUUAAAUAUUUUCUUGAAAACAUUGUCACUCUUUUUUUUCUCCUUUUUUUAAAUCCACAGUUCAGUCUCUUUUUUUUGUUGUUUUUGGUGACAAUCCGUUAACGUGCAGGUUGGCAGGGGACAGCUCCUCCCGAAAUAUAACACUGACCAAAGCAGAGGUGAGAAGUAUUAAAGUGAGCGCCACAAGGUAAUGGGGCAGAUUAGCUUGUGAGGAUGAUAAAAAGAAAAAAAAAAAAAGGGGGUGAGAGUGAAAACCUAAACUUGGGUGACAAAAACUAAACGUAGCGAAUGAACUUGCGCCUCAAAGUAAGUUUAAAAAUCGCCCACGAGUGUCCGAAACAUAAAGUGCAGGCAGUGUCUGUUCUUCUUUGAAACCGCCGUAGCCCCUGGCCGUUAAAAGAGUCCAAGAGCCAACAACCGUGAGACAAAAAAAGAAACAAACCAAUACGCUGAAUUGUCAACAAUCCACAGUAGGAACAGCUGGAUUCCAGAGGAGUCUCUUGCUCAAGGCAGGGGUUGGAUUUGGUUGUCAGUUUUUUUAAAAGUACAAGGAGUACCUACAUGGAUCCUCCUCACUCUCACCAAAUUGCCUUUGACUAGCUGCCCUCUUCAUUCCACUCGUAUGAGCAGCCCGUAAAGUAGCGUGCCGCCUUGCUCCUUUGUGAUCCACUCGAUCUCUGAGUUGCUGAAGCGAGGAUCCAGAGGCUCGCUGUGGCCGAGCGUUUGCGGUCCCACCUUGUAGGAGCCGGGACGCACACACACCUGGAAUCCCACCUGAGCGUGGUGGCAGCGGUGAGAACGGGGGUCCUGAAAU